AUGUCUUCCUUUUACUUCAUUCUCCUUGGACUGAGUUUCUGCUUUCGUAAUCCUAGCUCUUCAGUUGCUAGUUAUCAUGAAAUCCCACACAGAAACUUGGCUGACUCCUUUUGUCCAUUGAGUUUCAGAGUUCUCAGGAAAGUUUUCGAUAGCUCUAAACUUGCAUUUCUAGAUGUUCCAACAAAGUGUGUAACCAUCCUUCAAGGUAUUCGUUUGGUUCGAUCGAACUAUCUUCGAAUCACUGGAAACUUUUCUCCUCAUCCGAAUUCCUCAGAGGACUGUUGGGAUGGGUAUCAGAAGUUAGUUGAUGAAUCCAUACCCGGUUUUAAUAUUCGUUCAACUUGUGGAUAUAAUACCGGGUUGAUAUCAGAAAGUUGCAAGAACAUCACUACUGGAUAUCAGUUUGAGGGCCUUAUAUCUGAUUCCAAGUUGCAGGAUAUUAGGCUUCUUUGCAAUCGUUCUUUGGAUGAUGAUUCUUCAUGCAUACCAUGUCAAGCUAGUUUAUCAAGCAUUUAUCAGUCUUACUUUCAUGGCACUGAUAUAGACAAUGCUUCAGAUUGUUCCGGGUACCCUUUCAUAUACGCUGGGGCUUUGGCUAAUCAAUACGGACCAACUGCUUCAGGUACUGCAAAGUGUUUGUUCUCACUUGAUUUAACUUCAAGUAAUGCAACCAGUCGGAAUCAGAGAACUAUUCUUUGUGCGGUUACUGUAGGUGCUGGUUUUGGCUUGUUCAUGACAGCUGUGGUGGUUUGGUUUAUUUGGAGAAGGAGAAAGAAAUGGAAGAGAAGACAGAAUAAUGUUGCCCCAAUCGAGACAGGUUCAGGUUUUGGAAUAGAAACGAUUAGUGGAGAUAGCACUUUGGUUAAGUUCACAUUCGAAGAAAUCAAAAGGGCUACAAAGAAUUUCUCGAGGGAGAAUAUUGUAGGGAAGGGAGGAUACGGGAAUGUUUAUAAGGGUAUACUAGAAGAUGGAUCGGAAGUUGCACUGAAAAGGUUCAAAAACUGCUCUGCUGCUGGAGAUGCAACUUUUGCACAUGAAGUGGAGGUUAUUGCUAGUAUUAGUCAUGUCAAUCUUGUUGCUUUCAGAGGCUAUUGCACUGCAACGGUUCCUAUGGAAGGUCACCAGAGAAUAAUUGUGUGCGAUUUGGUGCAUAAUGGAAGCCUAUAUGACCAUCUUUUUGGAUCAGGGGUGAAGAAGCUUAGUUGGCCUAUUCGUCAGAAAAUCGCCAUUGGAGUGGCACGCGGAUUGGCCUACCUCCACUAUGGAGCACAGCCUGUAAUCAUACAUAGAGACGUUAAGGCUAGCAACAUACUUUUGGAUGAUACAUUUGAGCCACAACUGGCAGAUUUUGGCCUUGCAAAGUUCAUUCCCGACGGAUUGUCUCAUAUGAGCACCAGGGCAGCAGGAACGCUAGGCUAUGUUGCCCCAGAGUAUGCUUUAUAUGGGCAACUAACUGAGAGAAGUGAUGUUUAUGGCUUUGGCGUUGUCCUGCUUGAGCUUUUAAGUGGGAAGAAAGCACUUAUUUCCAUUGAUGAUCAUCACACUUUGCUUUUGACUGACUGGGCUUGGUCAUUGGUAGAGGAAGGUAGAGUAUUCGAUGUUAUUGAUGAAAACAUGCCUGAGUUAGGCCCUCCUGAAGUUAUGGAGAGAUAUGUUCUGGUAGCAGUUCUUUCUUCUCAUUCACAGUUAUAUGCUAGGCCAACAAUGGACCAGAUUGUGAGGAUAUUGGAAUCUGAUUUUCCACUCCACUCCAUUCCAAAACUUCCCUUUUCUCUUCCAACAGAUACAGAUGAUGGAGAAAAAUCAGCCAACUUUAGUCAAUUGGACAGCAUGUCCAGCACCAGUGCUGAACAGCCAUGUGACUGUAAGAGUGAUCAGCCCAUUCUAGAUCAUUGGGAAAUUGAGAGAAGUUUCACAUUUAAGACAUGUAAUGUAGAUAAUUUAACAUUCUGA